AAUUAGCCUCCUCAGGGCCUCCGACUCCGAUAACCUGAUCGAUAACCGAUGCUGUAACGGGACGGAUCAUGCGUGGAGGUCCAGGCUGGUCGUGUGGAGCGGUAACGGUCCAGUGGGUCGCUUGUGACAGGUUUACAGGUUAUGUAAUGGCACCUGACCGGCAGCUGCUGCCUGAACUGACUGCACACAAACUUGAACCAAGUACUUUUACUCAAGUACUGUACGUUUAAUACUACUUUCAUAAUCCAACACAUUCAGGGAAAUGGAAGGGAGCACAUGUAAGAAGACACCUGCUAGACAUUGUUACUGUUGGAUGUUCCAUUCUCUAGGGCAGAAAUACCGUGGUAACUCGCACAUCUCAUGGAGGAAUAAACCACAUACACGUUGUUAGAGUUUUACUUCAGAGGCACACGCCUUCCUCACACACUUCCGUAUUUAUACCUUUCAGAUUAAGAGCACAUACAUAUAUGAUAGGGCAACAGUUACCUUUCGCACCUCCGGUGGUGCCAUCUGGGUACCACUCCAUUAAUCCCGGAAGAUCUUUAAGAAUACAUUUUAUUACGCCAUUUACCUGAAAGGUGUGUUUACCCGAGAGGCUCAGAUGAAAACAAACAAGAUAUCUUACAAACAUUUGAUAAAGAAGUCAGUGAGUAAACUUGGUGUCAAACAGCUGGUUCCAGGAGCCACAACCAAAGGGACCAGUCCAGGCCGGAGGGCGUGGAAAAAUACCUAAAUUCAAUUCAGUUUUAUUUGUACAGUAAUCACAGCAACAGUCAUCUCAAGGAGCUUUAUAACGUGAGGUGAAUAACACAGGGAAACAAUCAGAUGACCCCUAUGAGCAAGCACUUGGUGGCAGUGGGAACAGGAAGAAACCCUUCAGCCGUGUAGUGCUGCGCAAAUAAAGCAAUGAACCAGCAAUGAACCAUUUCACCAACUGUACUGAAAAUCGGUUCAUUCAUGCAAAGCGUCGUUUCAGUGACAUCUAGUGGUGAAAAAGGAGACAGCGUAACAAUGUUGAACUAAUGGUGCUGAGUGUAAUGAAGGUCUGCGUGGACGAUGAAACACAAUUUUGCAAAGAUGGAUGGUCUGUGGAUUCUGUAAACUGCUGUUAUGUAGUAGUUUGAAGAAGGCGUGCCGGGGAAACGGAGGAUGUGAGGGAUGGUGUGGUUGUUUCCAUGGGAUCGAGAUUUUAAUGACAAACAAUCAUUUUCCACUGUUUUUGUUUCUUUUCUUGUUGAAAAUGUCUCCAGCUUUCAAAAACGCACAUUCACACGGCACUGAGGCAAUACAAAGCGUUAUCGACGGUUUCGACCAAUCAUGUGAUUUAUUCAGGGGACCUCAUUGGUCACAUGUGAUUUUCCACACUGAAGCAGUGGUUCAAGGAAAAUGCACCUUGGAAGCUUUGGAGUAUCGAUGUCAUGCUGCCUUCACCGCCUGGUUUUAUGGCGUGGCCUGCAGUGCACGUGUAAUGACACGUUCACCUGUACAGUCAGUCAUUUACAUUAAAAGCACACGUGGCACCGCGGGCUCUCUUCAGAUCACACCGGCCUUAUGUGGGCCGUUAAAACGGGGAGUUUCAGGGGUGUCGAUGACUCUGGGUUUACAGUGCAAUUAAGUAGCAACAGAGCUUUCAAAAUAGGAGCGAUGAGGAUUCUGAAUUAUGGAUGGUUUUGUUGUCCUGUCUGAGUGAAAUGAUGAUAUUUGAGCUCCAGGUGAAUCUGUAGCCUCGCCUGGGUAACCUCUGUAUGUGGCAAUCCUGAGUCUUUACAUUAAGGUCAGUUCUGAAGUUCAACCUGACAUACGUACCACACGAACGCCACGUGUGUUAAUCAAAAUCAGAAGAGCUGCUUGUUAACGUUAAGGUACUGCUACACGGGAUUACCUGCUCGUUAAGGUCAUCCACUGCGUUUCGCAUGAUUUUCACUGAACGGGCUCAGAUUCAUUUUGCUGUCAUCGUUUGGGCCGCAGAGCCACAUGGGUGUGUGUGAAUGCCCGACAUGCCGCCAGCUGGCGUGUCGCCGCCUCCUCCUCCAAUGCAAACAGCAGCUGGCCGACCUUCUGCUCAGAGUUCAGACGGGUUAAUCAUAGAUGAAGGAGGCGCUGCAGCGAUCCGGCUCAGCUGGAUCCAGCUGGAAUAACCAGGUCGUGAGAAACAUCAGCAAACAGCGCGGCUCUACAACGGCCUCGGUUCAUCUUCCUCUCACGCACACCUGCACAGAUAAACAACAGACCCAGCAGAGAAACAUGUUUAAGACGUUCCCCUGUGCAGCUGUGGAGGUGAAGAAUGAGCCGAUCCUGAGCUUCAAAGAGGGCAGCCAUGAGAGGGUGGAGCUGCUGAAGGCCUUGGCGAGCCUGAAGGGGAGGACGGAGGAGAUCCCGUGUGUGGUGGGAGACGAGCACGUGUGGACCAAAGACAUCAGAUACCAGCUCUCUCCCUUCAAUCACUCACACAAGGUGGCGAAGUUCUGCUACGCUGACAAGGAGCUCAUCAACAAAGCCAUCGCGGCGUCUGUGGCGGCGAGGAAGGAGUGGGACCUGAAGCCCGUCGAGGACCGAGCUCAGAUCAUCUUCAAAGCCGCCGACGUCAUCAGCGGACCCAGGAGAGCCGAGAUCCUGGCCAAGACCAUGAUCGGACAGGGGAAGACGGUGGUGCAGGCGGAGAUCGACGCCGCCGCGGAGCUCAUCGACUUCUUCAGGUUUAAUGCCAAACACGCCAUCGAGCUGCAGCGGCAGCAGCCGCUGGACGCAGAGGGAAGCACCAACACGCUGCUGUACCGAGGCCUGGAGGGGUUUGUAGCUGCUGUGGCUCCGUUUAACUUCACUGCCAUUGGUGGAAACCUGGCGGGCACCCCGGCUCUGAUGGGUAACGUCGUCCUCUGGAAGCCGAGUGACACCGCCAUGUCUGCCAGCUACUCUGUGUAUAAAAUCCUCAGGGAGUGCGGCAUGCCGCCAAACAUCAUCCAGUUCUUGCCCGCUGACGGCCCCGUGUUCGGAGACGCCGUCACCGCCUCGGAGCACCUGGCAGGCAUCAACUUCACCGGCAGCAUGCCGACGUUUAAGCGUCUUUGGAAGCAGGUCGCGCAGAACCUGGACAUCUACAGGACUUUCCCUCGACUGGCAGGAGAGUGCGGGGGGAAGAAUUUCCACUUCGUCCACACGUCAGCGGAGGUCCAGAGCGUUGUGACGGGAACCAUUCGCUCGGCGUUCGAGUACGGAGGUCAGAAGUGCUCGGCCUGCUCGAGGAUGUACGUACCGGACAGCCUGUGGCCGCAGAUCAAAGAGCAGCUGCUCGCCAUCCACAAGGACAUCCGAGUGGGCGACCCUGUCGAGGACUUCAGCACCUUCUUAUCAGCCGUGAUCGACGACAAGUCGUUUGGGCGGAUAAAGAAGUGGCUCGAACGCGCCAAGUCUUCCCCAAACCUGAAAGUCAUCGCCGGAGGAAACUGCGACGACAAGAAGGGCUACUUCGUGGAGCCGACCAUCAUCGAGACCAGAGACCCGCAGGACGCCAUCAUGAACGAGGAGAUCUUCGGGCCCGUCCUCGCCGUUUACGUUUAUCCUGAGAAGGACUACAGAGAGGUUCUGCGGCUGAUCGACGCCACAUCGCCGUACGCGCUGACCGGAGCCGUGUUCGCCAAGGACGAGAAGGUGAUCGACGAAGCCUCCAGCGUGCUGAGGAACGCCGCGGGAAACUACUACAUCAACGACAAAUCCACCGGCUCCAUCGUGGCUCAGCAGCCGUUCGGGGGCGCCAGAGCUUCAGGUACAAACGACAAACCUGGAGGUCCUCACUACGUCCUCAGGUGGACGUCUCCGCAGACCGUGAAGCGGACGCACGUCCCCCUCACAGAGUGGAAGUACCCCUACAUGGGCUGAGGAGGAGUCCGUCCGUCCGCUGAGACCACGCGCGGCCCGAUCACCUCCUCGUCUCGCUGCACUGAACGUGUCUUCAUCCUAACACGGCUGCUUUUCUAAUCAAUCAUGGUAGAGUCAUCAGUGAGGUCCUGUGAGCACGGCAGGUUCAGGUGUGCGGCUCAGGCCUCAGCUGAGAUGAUCGGUUCAUUAAUCAGUCGGUAUCUGUCCUGUUAAGAGUUAUCAUUGGUUUAGAGUUCGUGAUUUAAAACUCUAGUCGAAGUCUCAGAGAUCUGCGUCCGUUUCCUGUUUUAGAGUUCUUUCCAUUUCUGUGUGACCUCAUUUCCUGUGUGACGUAGAAAUAACUUCCUGUUUGAGAGCGCAGACAGUGGCUGUGUCCCAAUUAAGAGACUGCACGCUUGAAGUACGCAAAGCUGUGUGUAAGGUGUCUCGCGGUUAGUAUCAUGGUUGCUAGGCAACCUGAACAGCGCGACGAAGCGUAUACCGUCCCAUUUCACAAGCCUCUCGCUUCCACACUUCUCGUACUUGUAGUGCGCACCGUACGUAGUGCGCGUACUUCUAGCGUGCAGACCCUAAAUGGGACACAGCCAGUGAGCAUCACCUGCAGCAGAGCCCACACUGACUCGUCAUCGGGCUGCAGCACAGAUGUCCGUCCCUGCCGGUCUGGACUCGACUCGCGUCCGUUUCUUUGACUCACAGCUGUGUUUUCAGAACGUGCCUGCCUUAGAAACUCUGAUGGUUACUUUUCAACAAUAAAUAAUGGAAACAUUU